ACCGCAGCGGUUAACGCGGGGUUUUCAGAAAACCAGACAAUCUGCGUGAUUUGAACAGAUAAAAAUUAAGAAAAGAGUGUCUCUCUCUUAACAUGAUAACAAUUAUCACUCCCUACGCAAGACAAGCAAAAAGUAUCAAGGGUCCUUAGAAUCGAUCUACCUGUCGAUACAUCGAGUCCUCUGCCCGUUUGUCCGCCGCCGUUUGUGUUGCAAAUUCAAAAUUUGUUUUUCCGGCUCUCGAUUUGAAGUGAACUCCUACACUUUCCACUCAACUUACCUGUCGACGUGUUGUUUGAUUUUGGAUUAGAUUUAAAAUAUCUACAAUAUGGCUGGGGCUGAAGACGAAGAAGAUGAUUUUCCUGCUACGCAACCAGUCAUGUCUGUGCUACUCUCAGGUGUUGUUGCAUAUGUGGAGGUAAGAUCCGGCCAUGACAAUCGGUCCAAAGGAGUAAAAGCUCACAUGAGAAGUCUGGGUGCAACUAUAGAGGAAACUCUGAAUCGAAAUGUGACUCAUGUAGUUUUUAAUGAAGGACUGCCCUCUACAUACAAGAAAGCCAAGAAGUUCAAAUGUCACCUUGUGUCGGUGCUGUGGAUUGAAGCCUGCAAAGAAGCUUUAGCCAAAGUUUCUGAGGCAGGUUACCCACCUAUUGGUCAACAAAUUUAUGAAAAUCCUGACUCUUUAAAAAAUUUCAAGAAAAUGAAAUCAAUGCAGCCAGAUUCUGAUGAUGAUGCAGUUGAAAUGAAGACUAAGCGAAGGCUGAAGAGAAUGGCUCAAUGCCAACGCAAAAAGAGACUUGCCACUGUACCUGAUGCCUCUGAAGAAUCGGGUGAGGAUGGAACCAAGAAAACAAGUCCACCUAAAGUACAGAAGCAGCCUAGAAAUAAAGCAAGCAAGAAGGGCACAAGGUCCAAAGGCACUCAGAAUAAACCAGCCCUUCAAGAAAUCACCCCAGAUGUUGUUAAUAAAACUGCCGCUUCUGAAGCAUUAGGAGGAACUCAUACUGCAGAGGCAAGAACAACUGAAAAUGUGGAAUCGUUGUUUGCAGCUCAUGGAUCCAAGGGCUGCUCAACUUUGCCUGAAAAUAAGGCUGGGCAUUCAGGAAAAUCCUCAACGAAGUCAAAAAAACUUCUAGACAACACACCCAUCACCCGAAGAGAGUUCAUUGAAGGCUUAAAUGACAUAUGCCUCUCAUUACCGAAUGAAAGUGACAAGGACAAAAGUGAUGUUUCACCGUGGAGGAAAGGAGUUGGACCUCCACCCGUUAAAAUUAGAAGGAAGAACCCUCCGGCCAACAAAGUUUCUCCCAGAAGAAGUCCUCGCAAUGCAUCAGAUUCUUCAGACUGUUUCUUGUUUCCUGCAGUUCCAGCAAGGAAAAGUCCCCGUCAUGUCACUGGCAUUGUCAAGAUCUCAAAGAAGGCACAGGACCAGACUGCGCAGAAACCAUCUACCUGUACCUCGGCAAGUGUUGCCCUUCUCCGGAAAAAGAUGCCUGCUCCACCAUCAUCUCCUGGAGACGACUUCCUCCUGCUGUCUCAGGAACCAGGAGAUAUGCCCAGCAUUGAUGAAAUGGCAAAAAUGCGGAGGGGCUCUGUGAGAGCUGGAGAUGAGCGUAUAACACUUUCUCAGGUUAUUAGAUCUUACAAUGCGGUUGCUCAAGAGGGUCCCGAAAGUGAAGCCUCAACCUCAUCAAGUCCAAAGAGUGCAAGCCUGGUAUCAGACAAUAAUCUCGUCAAGGAGAGAUUAAAUAGUCGAAGGGCAAUGGAAGACAGUGUUGUAGUGGAUGUAGAGGAUGAUGCUGAUGCUGCAUGUGAUACAGAAGUAAGGUACUGUACCAGUAGAUGCUCCUCUGAAGCAGGAUCCACGGUGUCUUCAACAAGUACUAGAGUGCUGAUCAAUGGGAACCCAUCGUCACAAGUGGGAUGCUCCUCCAGCUAUCUACCAAGCUCUGGCACAGUGGAAGAUGAUGAAAAGGUUUGUGCUGCAGAGGAACCUGAAAGGGAGCCGUCACCAAUUUUUGUCAUCAAAAAGUCAAAGUUUAGGAGGCCCCUAAAGAAGCAACUAAAUGCACCUAAACAGAGUAGUGAGCACAAUGGCAUGGACAAGGAUGCUUCUAGUUCUUUAGGGGAAAGGAGACCGUCUUUAAACCCUAUAGACUAUAUUAAUAAGCUACUCUUACCCAAAUUUACGCCUGUGGAUAAAACUCCUGGCAAUGGUCACAUGGGUAAUGUGAUUGUGGAAGAAACUCCAGAACUUGGUUCCAAUUCAAAUUCUAAGCCUGAGUUUCAUUGUGUUAUCCCACCUACUCCUGUUGAAAAUCAAGAACCUGUUGCUUCAAUGAACCAGUCCUUGACCAGUUCAGUGAUAUCUUGGGUAAAGAAAAGCUGCAGGGUCCCUUUGUUUUCAUCACACUCCAAGAAAGCUAUGACAACAUCUACCAUUCAAAAUAGAAAUCAAAAUCCGUCCAAAGAGGUUUCUUCCCAAGACAGUACUGCCACUAUUUACUACUCCUUUUCUAAAGAGACUGAAAACGCUCCUGAAGAAACAGAAAACCCGUUGGCUGACCCAACUGCAUUAGUCAGGUCUUCGCCCAUUUCUUCAAAGAAGUCCAACUCUCCACUGAGGUUAAAUCAACUUUCAGCCCCUAGUUUGAAUGGUGGUGAAAAAUCUGCAAAUGAAAAUUCACCUAAUGAUGUCAACAUGUGUCUGGAAAAACAGCGGUCGCCUCGCAAGUCAAUCCGCAAGAAAAGUGAAACAUCACCUGCUAUAUCCAAACGAGGAGAAAAUUUAAAGGACCAAGCAGUGCAGGAUGGUUUACAGAAAGGGCUGAAAAGUAAAGCAUCAUCACUUGAUAAAAUGACAAAAUUGCUUAAACCAAGAGCAAAAGUUGUUGUCACUGUUGUCAAGAAUGAUGAAGGUGUGUCUAACUCUGCAUCUAGAGCAGAAACUGACACUGCCACAUCAACUCCAGUCAUACUGAUAAACAAAGCUCAGGAAGCCCACUUCAGUUCAGGAUAUGAAACUUCAAACUCUAUAGGGAGUAAUACGGACACUGAAACAGAUAAGAAUCGAACAAACACGAGUACUGGAGCAUCAGGCAAGAGGAAAAAAAUCACAGACUUUCUUUCUCCAAUUGUUGGACCACCUAAGAAGAGAAGUGAUGUCUAUGAUAGUGAAUCACCAGCUAGUCGAGAUACAGACAGAAGCACUGACACAGCUAUUUCUCAAAGACGAGUUGGAAGGAAGAGGGUUCAAAGUGUUCCAGACAAGAGCAGCAAAAAGCCUAAAAUGAAUAAUUCUGAGUCAGACAGCACUUCUGGGAGCAGAAGAACCCGUGCUAGUAGAGUAGAUGGGAAUAACAAAUUGACUGAAUCACGAUCUGACUUAUCUACUGACAGCACAAAAUCAUCUGGAAGAAAAUCAUCAGAAGAAGCAAGAAAACGUAUGGCUGUAAGUCUCACGAGGAACUACAAAAGCAAUGCCCUGAAAGUAAUUGUGUGCACCUUCCUGACAGCAAGUGAACAAAAUGGCAUUGAUGUUGCGGGAACAAAAUUAGGCGGCUGGAAAUUAGAAGAGAAGGUAACACCUCGCACAACACAUGUCAUCAACAGUGGCCCAAAACGGACUUUAAACAUGCUGAAGGGACUCUCUAGAGGCUGUUGGCUAGUGGACCAGCAAUGGAUGCUCGAUUCUGGUAAAGCUGGCACUUGGCUGGAUGAAGAAAAAUAUGAGCUCACCAAGUUUUCCCCAGGAGUGAGACUCUGUCGCAUGAAGCGCCAAGCAGUUGGUAAAGAUUACAAGCACAAUCUGUUUGCAAAAAGUGGGCCUAUAUAUGUUUCGCCAAAGUGUGAUGGACCACCAGCAAAGGAUAUUCGUGAACUUCUGGAGCUCUGCGGGGCAGACCUCAAAACAUCGAAGCAAGAUGCAAAAAUAGUUGUGGGUGGUGAGCCGAGUCCCAAAGGCACUGUCAAUUGUGUUAACCCACGUUGGGUUCUAGAUUCCAUAACUCGGAACAAGGUUUUACCAAUAAAUGGCUCAGAUUAUCAAAUAAAGUAAACUGUUUGUUCGUAUGUAUAAUGGCUUAAAGUACUAGCAAGUUGAGACCAAAACUUAGGAAGUAUUUUAGAAUUUUACAAGUUGGAUAGCCUUUUUAAUGAAAUUAAUUUUAGUGUUGUUAUGAUUGUUACUGUACAUAUCCACAAUUUAUUUUAAAUUCGUUUGUUCCCAUUCACUAAUUUAAUGCUUGCCAAUGCAAUAUUUUUACAUGAUUGAUAAAGCUGUUAUGGCAUAGUUAUUAUGGCAUAGUUAUUAUGCACAGUGCUGUCAUCUUGUUCAGUAACUGCUAUGAAGAAUCUUCUAAGAUACAGUGCCAAGGUUUGCUGUUCUACAAGACAGGUUGUUUGAUUUACUCUGCUCUUUUGUAGGGAAUAUGUUUGAAGAAAAUAAAAAGAGCCCAAAAUAUUUUGUUUGCGUGGUUUUGUAAAUAAAAUUUCAUUGGAGGGAUA